UAUAUAAAUUAUGGAAUUAUUGUAUCAGAAAAAAAUGUACAUGUAGUGGAAUUCCAUUUCGUGUUCUUGCUUGUGUUGAAGCAAGGUAGGAUUUAAUUCCCCGGAGUUUUAUCUCGCACACUGUUCCCACUACAUGCGCGCGCCCUAGUCGUCAACAGCAUUGAAACCUGUUAUGCAGCAGCGUCGUCUUGCUGAAGACAGACACGGUCUGAUCUGGAUGCAGGAACUGCAGCUGCUUUGAUUGCUUUCCCCCCGUUAUUUCAUUAGUUGCUGUUCAGUGCCCCCUUCAAAGGCGUUUAAAUAGAGGACACAAGCAGGAACGCACCAUAACCCCUGUGAUUUGUUCGAUGAGAACAUUGUGGGAUGGCGACACUGUGGUAGUAUCCAAGUAACUGCUAACUCAGGUAGCGGAAUUUUGAUCUAUAUUUUUUUCUGUCCAUUUUUGGUUUCGUGAUGAUUUUGGAUUGUUAUGAAUUACGGGGUUUGGAGGAAUUGAGUUGGAGAAGACUUACAUAUUAGCACUCGCUUCUGUGCAUCACGGACGGCCAGGAACGAGGAUGUCCUUUGCCUGAUCUCAUCAGAAAACCCCUUUUUUGAUUAAAUCGGCGCUGGUGCAUCUUCCCUGCAUCUGGAGGGCGCAUAGGGGAACCAUGGGGAAGCGUCAUUCCUGAAGCUACUCCUCACUCUGAAACCCUUACCGAAAAAAACAGGCGACACUGCAGUUCACCUCUGCUUGUAAUUUACGCGUAAUCCUAAUAUCAUUUUGACAAUUUACCUGGGUCAACGGUCCACUACCAAACCAAUUCGCCAUGCCAACCUACUGAAGGGGUGGAUAUAUUUCGCCGCCUGGUGCAGAUAGCAUGGCUUCAUCCCGGAGUAGAUGCAGAUCGGAGAUGAUUGUGGUCUCUGGAUGCCUUCUUGUGUUGGUCUUAAGAUUUCGACCUGUGUUGGCGCGGGUGUGCAACGAUAAUGCUGGGCACAACCUGGAGAAAGCCUGGUACACGAAAGACGGCGAAGCAUUGCCUAUCAUGGUCCUGAUGCCUAUGAAUGAAUCAGCGCUUAGGAGCAGCAUCAGUCAAGGAAUCGACCGUGCUGUCCAGCUCGCCAUUCAGCACAUACGAGAGUCCAAGCUAUACUCUUUCUCCCUAAUCCCAAAAAUCUACGACACUGAGUGUGACAAUGCCAAAGGGCUGAGAGCCUUCUUUGAUGCUAUCUGCUUUGGUCCGAAACACCUGAUGAUCUUUGGAGGGGUGUGUCCUUCUGUGACUUCCAUAAUUGCAGAGUCUUUAGAGGGCUGGAACCUUGUGCAGCUAUCCUUCGCUGCAACCACACCUGUUCUGGCUGACAAGAAGAAGUACCCCAAUUUCUUUCGGACUGUGCCAUCAGACAACGCUGUCAAUCCAGCUGUGGUGAAGUUCCUCAACCACUACAACUGGACCCGGGUUGGAACUCUCACCCAGGAUGUGCAGCGGUUUUCUGAGGUGAGGAAUGAUCUGACCAAUGAGCUGGAGAAGGCUGAUAUCCAGAUUGCUGACACACAGAGCUUUUCCAAUGACCCCUGCGUCAAUGUUAAGAACCUAAAGGACAACGAUGUGCGAAUAAUUAUCGGGCAGUUUGAUGAGAACUUGGCCUCCAAAGUGUUUUGCUGUGCCUACAACCUUAACAUGUUUGGCAGUAAGUACCAGUGGAUCAUCCCUGGCUGGUACCAGGAGAACUGGUGGGAUAAGGCCAACGCCACCAACUGCACAGCCAAGAAACUUCUGACUGCCAUGGAGGGCUACAUCAGUGUGGACUUUGAGCCGCUCAGCACCAGGCAGUUAAAGGGAAUCUCUGGAAGGACGCCUCAGGAGUAUGAGAGAGAGUACAAUAGACAGCGGAUGAAGAAAGGGGUGGACUCCAGCAAAUUUCAUGGAUUCGCUUACGAUGGGAUUUGGGUCAUCGCCAGGACUUUGACCCGGGUCAGGGAGAUACUGAGGCACAGGGAGAGGCACAGUCUCCACCGAAACUUCACAGCUGAUGACAGGGAUGUUGGACGACUGGUCCAUGAUGUCAUGAAUGAGACAAAUUUCUUGGGAGUGACGGGUCAAGUUAUGUUCCGAAAUGGUGAACGGAUGGGAACUAUCAAGUUUACACAAUUUCAAGAGGGUCAGGAGGUGAAAGUGGGAGAAUACAAUGCUAUCGCUGAUGUGUUGGAACUCAUCAACAACUCAAUCAGGUUUCAAGGUAUGGAACCCCCAAAAGAUCGGACAAUUGUGCAUCUCCAGCGACGGCAGAUCAGUGUGCCACUGUACAGCAUCCUGUCUGUCAUCACAAUUCUGGGCAUGUUCAUGGCUAGCGCCUUCCUGUUCUUCAACAUCCAGAACCGUAACCACAGGCUGAUAAAGAUGUCCAGCCCUUACAUGAACAACCUCAUCAUCCUGGGAGGGAUGCUCUCUUACGCCUCCAUCUUCCUCUUCGGCCUCGACGGGUCCUUCGUCUCUGACAAGGUGUUUGAGACGCUGUGCACGGUCCGCACAUGGAUUCUUAUAGUGGGAUAUACAACAGCUUUUGGGGCAAUGUUCGCAAAGACCUGGAGAGUCCAUGCCAUCUUUAAGAAUGUGAAGAUGAAGAAAAAGAUCAUCAAAGACCAGAAGCUGCUGAUCAUUGUUGGUGGAAUGCUGCUGAUAGACCUCUGCAUUUUAAUCUGCUGGCAGAUUGUGGACCCACUGAAGAGAACAGUGGAAGAGUACAGUCUAGAGGCAGAUCCACAUGGACGUGACAUGGCGAUUCGGCCCUUUCUGGAGCACUGUGAAAACAUGCACAUGACCAUUUGGCUGGGCAUCGUCUAUGCGUACAAAGGGCUCCUAAUGUUGUUUGGCUGCUUUUUGGCCUGGGAGACUCGCAAUGUAAGUAUCCCAGCGCUGAACGACAGCAAGUACAUCGGCAUGAGCGUCUACAACGUGGGGAUCAUGUGCAUCAUCGGGGCGGCUGUCUCCUUCCUGACCCGGGACCAGCCCAACGUGCAGUUCUGCAUCGUGGCCCUGGUCAUCAUCUUCUGCAGCACCAUCACCCUGUGCUUGGUGUUUGUGCCGAAGCUGCUAACAAUGAGAACGAAUCCAGAUGCAGCCACUCAGAAUAGGAGGUUCCAGUUCACGCAGAACCAGAAGAAGGAGGACUCUAAGACCUCAGCCUCUGUGGCCAGUGUCAACCAGGCCAGCACAUCCCGACUGGACAGCCUGCAGGCUAACAACCAUCAACUCCGGAUGCGAAUAACAGAGCUUGACAAAGAGCUGGAGGAGGUGACAAUGCAGCUUCAGGACACACCUGAGAAGACCCCCUACGUCAGUCAGAGCCCGUACCAGGACACAAACAGCACCCCCAGCAUACGCAACGUCAGAGACAGCAAAGAAGAAGACAGAUCAAUGUUGAAAAAUCACCAUGAACAGAAGUGGGGCUCAGUGGACCCCUCCAGGACAAACAGGGGACCCCUGGAAGACAUUAACUCACCUGAGCACAUACAGCGGAGACUGUCCUUGCAGCUGCCAAUUUUACACCAUGCUUACCUCCCGUCGAUAGGGGGGGUGGAUGCCAGCUGUUCCAGCCCCACUGUCAGCCCUCUUGGUAGCCCCCGCCAUAGACGGGCACCGUUGUCCUAUGGAGUGAUGGUCUCAGGCCUGUGAGGACAACAAAACAGAACUUCUGUCUGCCUGAAUUUCGUUUUUUGUGGUAUUUGCUUUGUUUUUUAAAGUCAGACUGAUGUAGUCAGCGAUGGGGGUGGGGCACAGAAAAAGGAAUGACCCCUACUCCGCUCUCACCAUGUACAGAGAGGCUCUCAGCCCCAGAACACAUCCAUUAGGAGGGGCUGGCAAACCCUGCCCUCCCCAACCUCCUAAACUACUGGAGAGGGGGCCUGUGGGGUGCCUUUCUUGGCCUGCAGCCUUAUCGACUUCAAAGAGUUUUCCCCUUCUUUUUUUGAAUACUUGACCAUGUGCGAACCUGUCAAAAUACAAGAUUAUUUUACUGACAAUGCCUGGAUUAUGUUAUGGAUGGGAGGGACAAUUUCAGACCUGCUAGACUGUAUUAUUAAUAAAGGCACCCGUGUAAAGGAAAUAACCGUGGCAGAUAUUUAAAUAACAUACUUUUGGUCUUCAGAGUAAACUCUGAGUACAAAGUGACAGUUUGGGGGACAAGGGGCUGAAUAUGUAAUGUUUGCAAGCAUGAAUGUGAGCGUGUGAUGUAACAACGAGAGUUUGUGUGACGUUGGUCUGAAUUUAAGUUGCUCCAUUAGUGUUAUAAUGUGCAGGCUCAUGGCAUGGGUGAUGACACACCAACAAAAAACAGUUCUUUAAACAAUAUGCACAACUGUUUUUCGUACAUUUACAAAAAUUAUUCUCAUAAAACAGGUGACAAAUUAUUACCAUAGAGGUUUCAUGACAGCUAAAUCAGUACAAGUUUACAGCUUCAACAACACAUCGGCUUCAGUGGAGGUCAGGAGACAUCUCUGGACACAUCACUUGAAAUUGAAUUCCUUCAUGAAAAUGAGGUUACAUCAGUGAAUAUUAGUGAGUUCACUGCCACUUAUUGAUUUACGUUUAUCACACCCAGACCCAAGAGACUCUAGAUGUUUGUAGAGUGAUAUGGUUUGUGGUUGUCAUGUGACCCAGGGGCACAAGCUAAUCAAUGAAUCUCAAUCCCUUUCAUGAGAAUACUACUGUACUAUGCAUGCAAAUAAAAACCCUGUACACAAAGGCCGGAUUUAGCACACUUCAAAUGCUUGUUUUUUUUAUCUGAGCGACUCACAAACUGUAUUAGAUAAAAGUUCAAAACAGAAAUGGAAUACGGUGUGGAAAUAUGCCUCUGUUGAACCUUUUAACCAACAUGAAAUAUUUUCUAAAAUUUGUUAUAGUGUGUGAUGGUGUUUACACUUCACAGAUCAUUUAAAUAUUGCCAAGUCAUCUGCAAGAGAGGGAAGCAAGGUUUUGCACCCAUUACCUUGAGUGGCAAGUAAGAUUGCUGACUGUACCUUUCUUAAUUACAGUAUAAUAAAAUAAGCUGCACUGGCUGCAUGCACCACAUACAGCUAUCCUCCGAUAAAGCUCACAAACCAGACUAUUAUCCUUAAGGUAAAGUUCACUUUUCAAUGCACAAUCAUUAUUUCUGCAUAUCUUUCACCAUUAGUGUUUUGGUGCUUGUUUAAGGAAGGAUUCAUCAUAUCAAUAUAGGGUUUUUUCAGUGUGCUGAAAGUCUGGCCAGUUACCUUAUCAAGCUACAGUGAUUCUCAUUGGUGCCUAUUGUCCGACCAAAUAUCAUCUUGUCCAUUUAAAGUAGCAGGAUUUUU